GAUCCACUGGGGGAACUAUCGCUUCCGAGGUUCUGAAUUUCCACACCACACACCACACCGUGUACAUUUUCUUGCAGCGGCGUCACUGGCUCAUUGAUCUUAAGAGUUACAGUGAACGAAGGACCCUAUCGCCAAGCUCCUCCUACGCGAAACAGUCGCACAAUAUGGCUCCCAUAUGGCUCGCGGCUGCCUGACUCCCUUUGAAAUGCAGACUACUCUUCUGGGGAGCUUUUCUACGUACUUUUCUUCAUUAUUCUGCUUUCAGUGCGUCUCCACUGUGCCUCAGGAGGCUAGAACACCACUGAAACCCGCGAUUUCUCGGCGCGAAGCGGGCCGACACAAUCUAUAGCUAGAAAGGAACUAAUUGUUAUGGUAUCUAUUAUCAAUCGGAUUUAUUAUUUGGGCGAACGGCCCUGUGAGAAGAUGACGGAGUCUCUCGGGGUGGAUCCUCGAUAUUGACGGUUUCUCAUUCCUCCGCUUUUUGAUGCCGGCAAACACUUGGACUGAGAAAGCCAUAGGCUUGAUUAGAUCAAGAUGACUGACACACUUGCAUGGGUCAAUAAGUUACUGAACAUGAACAGGGCUGAACCGCCACGCUCUGCCAGUUUCUCCCGUUGUGUGGACUGCAAAUUCUGGGGCCAAUCGUUGCAGCUGGACCUGCUCCACCGCCGCGGGAUAGGCUCCUCAUGACCAGGAUCAACGGUGUUCUGCUCUUUUGUAAUUUUAUUUAUUUUAUUUUUUAUUAUUUCUCCCAUGCUUUUUAUUGCCUGUUCAAUUCCCUCAAUCACCCCAAAAUACAUUUCGUAUAUACUUCCACCGACAAGAUAUAUCACUCUCUGGGUUCGCAUAUAUAUAUAUAUAUAUAUGUUUGUUUGACAGCUCUGCUGCGGCACUUAUUCUGCAUUCUUCUUCCUGACAGCUCUGUCGUGCGGGGAGAACACUUUGCCUUCUGCAAAUCCCCCGCACCCCGAUAUUCCUCACGUAUCUUACCUUCCAAUGAGGCUCCCACGGUUGAAUUUUAUACGGCUCCACUGUAGAGAUAUAUCCCCUUUCCUACUCAUCACGACCAUGGGGACAAAACGGGCAUCUUCUUACAGUUUGUAUUUUGCUACGUCUAGAUGCCUAUAUCUUGCUCCUGAAUGUGCUGGCCGUGAUUAUCAUAUAUCCGGCCAAGAACUUGUCUGGCAUUGAUGCGUUUUUCACAAGCUGCAGUGCGGCGACGACGACGGGGUUAAAUACCGUUGAUGUCAAUACAAUGCAUACAUUCCAACAGGUGGUGAUAUAUAUGGUCCCCAUGAUUGGCAAUUUAAGCGUCAUAAACCUAGUGGUGGUGCUCGUGCGACUGUACUGGUUUGAAACUCGAUUCAAAGACAUUGUCCGAUUGUCACGGCAGCGUUCGAUUGACCGACCUCGUUCCAGUAGAUUGCAUUCAUCAGAGUCCAGAGGAAGAGAUAGUAUCACAUUGCGAGACAGAAUAAGAGAUAUCAGAGUGCUUCGCCCUGAGCCGAGAAUAGGCAGUAGAAGCAGGACUGCUGCCUCUGAGGCGGAGGGAUUGAGGCUGCGGGCUAGGAUUCUCAGCAAUAUGCCCAGCAACAAUUCCAACAGCGACAAAGACAAAGACAACGAAAACGAAAACGACAAUCGAAAUGAAGCUGUUCCUAAUGUGAACGAGAACGCGAAAAUAAGUACUGUUGAAAAUGAUGGUACAACCAUUUUCCCCUCGACUCCAGAUCUUUCUGCUUCUCCAGAUCCACAGCCUUUGAUGCUUGAUCAAAUUAGUUCUUCGCCCGACAAGAACAAUACAGAACGGAGUGCGCCCUCCGCGCAUAUUAGCUUCUCUGCUGAGACAAACAUGGAGCCCCGUGGACGGGCACUGCGAAUCCCAGGCCCAAGAGAGUUUGAAAGCGGACAAACUGUUCGCGAGGUUGACGAUGACGACCUUAUGAAAAGUAUAACCAUCGAAGAAUCUCUAUCGGCAGGGCCCUCAGGGGAAACCGAACGUCGACGGCUGCCCACCAUGGGUAGGCUGCUUUCCCAUGCGGCCUCAGUCGAAAGAGCUGCUUCAAAUGCAUUUAUUCUCGGCAAUAGCUCGCGGAAACGUUCUCGGUCGAGAUCUUCAAACCCACUAAAUCGAUCGUCCUCGAAGUCUGAACGGGCCCUCUUAGACAUGUCAUAUCUGUCGUACCAACCGACGAUCGGGCGUAACUCGAAAUUCUUGGACUUGACUGAUGAACAGAGGGAUGAGCUGGGAGGGAUUGAGUAUCGUAGUUUGAAGCUUUUAGCAAAGAUUGUGUUCUGUUACUACGUGUUUUGGCAUAUAUUCGGCGUUAUUUGUCUUAUUGGCUGGAUUCACAAUUCAGACCGGAAGUACAGUGACUAUGUUCGAUCUGUAGGCCAGAACCCAACUUGGUGGGCGAUUUUCUCCAGCAUGACCGCUUACAACAAUCUUGGAUUCACCCUUACGCCCGACUCCAUGAUUAGUUUCCGCAACGCAACCUUCCCCAUCUUCAUCAUGACAUUCCUAAUUUACAUUGGCAACACAGGCUACCCUUGCAUGUUACGCCUCAUUAUCUGGAUCAUGUUCAAGAUAUCACCUCGAGAUUCUGCAAUCCGAGAGCCACUGAAUUUCCUGCUCGAUCAUCCUCGUCGAUGUUACACGCUGCUUUUUCCCUCUAGCCCUACUUGGAUGUUAUUCUUCAGCUUGGUAUUUCUGAACUUUAUCGACGUCCUGCUGUUCCUCGUCCUAGAUCUGCAGAAUGAGGAAGUUCUGGCCGUUCCGUCUUCAUGGAAUCGUUUCUUGGCUGCGCUUUUUCAGGCAGCGUCGGCGCGUACGACGGGGACAAGUACUUUCAAUGUCGCUAAGGUGCAUCCGGCUGUACAGUUCAUGCUCAUGGUGAUGAUGUACAUCUCCGUUUUCCCAAUCGCUAUUAGCGUACGAAAAACGAAUACAUAUGAAGAGAACUCCCUGGGUCUCUACGAUCCACAAAGUGACGAAAUCGACGAGUCAAAUAGCACUGCCUCCUAUGUGGGUGCACAUAUGAAAAAGCAACUCGCAUUCGACUUGUGGUAUGUCUUCUUCGGAAUGUUCAUUCUCAUGAUCACCGAAGGGUCGAAGCUAGCCGAUAAAUCGGAUCCGGAAUUCGCAAUCUUCUCUGUGUUUUUUGAAGCUGUCUCAGCAUACGGAAACGUCGGUCUGAGCCUGAGUCACCCGUCUAUCAGCAGUGGCCUGACCACCAAAUUCAGCGUGUUAGGAAAAUUAGUCAUCUGCGCCUUGAUGCUUCGUGGUCGACACCGCGGAUUGCCAUAUGAACUUGAUCGAGCGAUCAUCCUCCCGAGCGAACGGAAUCUUACGGAUUCAAGUUCCACCAAGGAUGGCGGCGCAAUUACAACUGCGCUACCCUCAGCAAAUACAACUAUCGGCCCCUUGUCGCGCGUUCGAACUGCGGAAAUCGUAUAACACAAGGGAUGUUGUAUGGGUACUAUAGAUACAUAGAUUAUUAUUACAUUGCAUAGACAGCCACAUGAAUAGUGCAUAAGCUCGCAAGAGACCUUUUUUUGCUUUUGGAUAGACGUAAAAGUGGCGAGACGUGAUGUAUGUACUAAGCGGUUCCCUUCUUCCUGGUGGUGAUUUUGGGUGGCGGGAGAGUUUCCUCGAGUGUUGAAUCACUGCUGAAUUAAGGCAUUCCACUAUAGGAGCCCGUAUGCCUCGAGAUGCCAGGUGUCUAUUUUCGCCCAUUAUAUUACGGGCCUGGUAUCCUACCUUUAAAUAGGAGGUGAAAUACGUUCUAUCAAUCCCUUGGUACUUCACGUAUAAAAUCGCCCAACUAUUGGCUAAGUUUGUUCAACCAAUAUUAUUUUUAUUUCUACACUGUAUUCUACUAUUAGUACAACUGUUUUUAUUUCAAUUUAAGUAAGUAUUACUCAUUUUUAUAAAUGAUUUAAGUGAAGUCGUUAAUAAAAAAAUAACAAAGCAAACUAUAUAUUUAAGCUGAGUUAUUGGAGAGUACUCCGGAUCCUCAACAUUGGGCCUCAGUGGCUCAACAAUGUGACCUCUGGAUGCAUGGAGAACGCUGGUAUCUCUAUUACCCUGUUCUAUAUGUUCUCGUCCUCUGGCACUCUUUAUCGGCGGCAUGGGCUGGAUUCCGACAGUUAACCUAUCUCCCGUUUUAUCUUUUAUAUGCAUCCAAGUAUGAGAAGUCCGAUGAUAUCGCGGCUACUUCCUCUGCUCGCCCAACUCCACCACGUACAAAACAGAAGACGUUCCACGAGGCUUGACGCUUUGGCGAAGCAGCACAAUGGAACAGAGAAAUUUUGAUGCAAUUCAAGACCGCCUUGGAAAAGAAUCCUGCGGUGGAUCUAAUAUCACUGUUCCCUGAUUCUUCAUCGUGAGCAUCGAAAUUCUCAGUGUCCUCAGCUAUCUUGCUGCGAGAAUCAACCUUCAAGCACCAGACGAGCUUCAUGAUGACCUCAGGAGGGGGCUGGAGGUUAAUUUACUCUCUGCAUUUACUGGAGAGCAUAUCCCCAUCACAGUUCCCCGUACGUUGGCUGGUUGAUCGAGUUUGGGGGAUCAAUCUCAGAACCACAUGGCCCCAAACCAAAAUUGAACGCUGAAGAUUCCCUUUUGUGUAUGAAAUAACUACCCAUUUAAUGCUAGGAAAGCAGAUAUCCAAUUCUUCUUGUAAGAUGCCUGUAGUACAGCUUAUCACUGUACUGCGCCUAAAAAUAUCGCGAAUGUCCAGGAUACAGGCUUAGAAAUGAAUAGAUGUAACAGACAGGCCAUAAUCUCCACCAUUCAGAGAAAGGAAAUCAAGCAAAUAAACUAGUAUGAGUAUGGUAGUUAACAAAUCGGUGGUCAAC